GAAAUAAGAACCCCGCUCAUCUUUUUGAGUUCACAAUGAGCUCAUAUAUUACAUAUAUGCUCCUGAUGCUCCAUUCGGUGGACCUGUGCUCGCUCUGAUACUCAACAUACUCAAAGGUUACAACAUCUCAAACAGCAGUGUGUCCUCAACAGAGAAUAAGAUUUUGACCUACCAUCGUAUGAUAGAGGCUUUCCGCUUCGCUGAUGCCCAGAAGAGUAAACUAGGAGACCCACUGUAUGAAGACCUCACUAAAAUUGUCCAAAGAAUGACCUCAGAGAGCUUUGCGGACGAGAUCAGGAGUAAGAUUAAAGAUGACAUCAAACAAAUCAGCUACGAUGAGCAGGAGGACAGUGAUGGUGUACCUGAUGACCAUGGCACAUCUCACCUGUCUGUCCUCGCUGAAGAUGGGAGUGCAGUGGCCGUCACCAGCAGUAUCAAUAACUAUUUUGGUUCUGGGGUGAUGUCACGCUCGACAGGCAUUAUAUUUAAUGACCAAAUGAGGGAUUUCAUUGAUCCUCAGCUGAUAAGUGAACUUGGCAUAAACAACUUAAUUAAACCAGGUAAAAGGCCACUUUCCUCAAUGUGUCCCACAAUCAUACUGGACAAACACAGCAAACAAGUCAAAAUGGUGGUCGGAGGUGCAGGUGGGACAAAUAUCACCACAUCAGUUGCUCAGGUGAUCCUGAACUAUCUGUUCUUUGGCUAUGACCUGCAGAACGCUGUUAAAGAGCCCAGAGUUCAGAUCACAAAGACAGAGACAAAUAUAGAAGACGACUUUAAUAAGAGUGUAAUUGAUGGGUUGAAGCUGAAGAACCAUAUUAUAUAUCACAAUAUUUCACUAUCAGUGGUCCUGGCAAUUGUACGACAGGGGGACAAAAUCUGUGCUGAAUCUGACAACAGGACUCACGGCCAUCCUGCUGGAUACUGAGCACUGCUCCUGUGCUCAUGCUGCUGUAGUCAAAUGAGUUUAAUCCAGCAAAAGUAAAACCUCCAAAAUUGUUUGUUGGGGUGUUUUAUGGCUGCCAAUAUACUAUGAGCUGCCAACGUAAAAAAGCUGUUCAUAACAUUGUUUCAGCCACACAUUACAAUAUUACACAGUCAAGUCACCUUUAUUUAUAUAGCGCUUUAUACAAUACAGAUUGUGUCAAAGCAGCUUUACAGUGUCAAACAGGAAAUAGUUUGUCAAUAAUGCAAGAGGACAAUAACAAACAGUCAAUUUUUCAGUUAAAGUCAGUUCAUCAUUGAUUCAGUGAUGUAAUCGGCCAGCUCAAGUCUAGUUGAUAAGUGUUGUUCUGUCAA